AUGGCGUCAAAGAGCAACAUCAGUCACACGUGGGAACAAUGGUUCAAAGACACCGCCCAGCUUAAUCUUGGACAACCAAGAAAAAGGACCAUAACAGAUGCAGACACGGAUUCCGACAUCCCCAUCGCCGCGUUGAGAGCAAAGAAACAGAAGCAGCCAGAACCCGAGAUUCAGGAUCCCAAAUCGAGAAUAAUUGAUACAAUGUUCCAAGCGUUCAAGGCUGGCAAUUUCGAUUCUGUAUCCGACAAUCAGAUGUAGGAAUUAAUAGCGAAUGGACUCGACACUGAUUUGCGGUCAAAGAUCUACAAACAAUACAAUGUGCGACCUGAUUCUGAUGACUCUGAGACCAAAACAUAUACGUUCUUCCACAGUUCGCUUGCAGACAGGAUUUUACGUGUUCAAAAAAGACCUUCUGAACAGAUCGCACAUAAUGAAGUAAACGUAGAUCCGAAAACAGCACCAGAGGAGGCUGGUAAACUUGAAAGGAUAACGACAGCUUGGAAUGAGCUCGCUCGUUUGGAAAGUUUUAAUCUGACCAAAAACAACGACCCCACUUACAAGGAGUAUCUCGCGGUGAAGGAUUUCGAGCGAAUGAAAAGGUCGAAGGAAUCCCCUUACGAGGAGUUUGGAGCCUUCCAAAAUUUCGGGAAAUCAAAGGAAAAGGACCCCAUGUACACGGAAUACGUGGACUACAAAUCUUUUUCUAAAACCAAGAGGAGUUCAAGAUACAAAGAAUAUCUUGCUUUCAAGGAAUUCGAAAGCACAAAACAAAAGAACGAACAUUUCAAGCAGUACCUCGCUGUUGAAGACUUCAAACACAGAAAACUUCGCGAACCCAUUUACCAAGAAUAUCACGCCACAAGACGAUUCCAAGCGGACAAGAGUAAGAACUCAGCCUACCAAGAAUACUUGACAUUCAAGGAAUUCGAAAAGGCAAAGGCAGCACCGGACGAGCAAUACAAGAGAUUUCUAAAGUACCAGGAGUUCAAGGCGACUAUGGAUGCUAAUCCCUUGAUCAGGAAAAUGAGAGAUAUUGAGCAUGUCCAACAACUUAUGGAGAAGUCAGGGAAGAGCGCUGAGGUGUCGAAGACUGGCUGA